GUUUCAGUUAUCGCUUACCCCGGCUAGUCCCGUUAGCCGCAUUCGUUAGCAGAUGAGGUAGUUUCUAGCUAACACGUUCAAGCUAGCAAGCUCGGAAAACCGACGUGCGGUUUGUUUUUGGUUUGAUAGCAGCUAACUAACAAAGCAGACAUGCAGGACAUACUGGCCAACGUAGACUACAUCAAGUUUGACCUGGAGAUAGCUGUGGAGCAGCAGCUGGGAGCGCAGCCUCUUCCUUUCCCCGGCAUGGACAAGUCCGGGUCAGCUGUGUGCGAGUUCUUCACCAGGGGAACUUGUAUGAAAGGGGGGAUGUGUCCGUUCCGUCACAUUAGCGGAGAGAAGACGGUGGUGUGUAAACACUGGCUCCGAGGACUGUGUAAGAAGGGCGACCAGUGCGAGUUCCUCCACGAGUACGACAUGACCAAGAUGCCCGAGUGCUACUUCUACUCAAAGUUCGGCGAGUGCAGCAACAAGGAAUGUCCCUUCCUGCACAUCGAUCCAGAUUCUAAGAUCAAAGAUUGUCCGUGGUACGACCGAGGUUUCUGUAAACAUGGCCCUGACUGCCGACACAGACACACGAGAAGAGUGAUCUGUGUGAACUACCUGGUGGGCUUCUGUCCCGAGGGAAAAUCCUGUAAAUUUAUGCACCCCCGGUUUGAGUUGCCGAUGGGAACCUCUGAACAGCCUUCUCUGCCGCAACAAGCCCUAAAUCAGACAAAGACGCCCGUGCCCACCCUCAACCGCACGUCACACUCCCUCAUUCAGCUGACCAACUGCAGUCCGAGCCAGCGGCCGCAGAACAACCUGUACACCGCCCUCCAGAAGAACAACUUCAUGCCUAUGAACAGGGGGCCUCGACCUCUGGACCAGGUCACUUGCUACAAGUGUGGUGAGAUGGGCCAUUAUGCCAACAAGUGCACAAAAGGUCAUCUCGCCUUCCUGAGCGGACAGUAACCUUCAAACUCGAGGUCCGAACAUCACAUCACUGCAGCUCGAGCAGACAGGAGACCUACACGCAAAAUGAGCUUUGGUAUUAAAACUCAGACUUUAAACGUUCCUGCCCAACGUGUUUGUGUGUAUUCAGCCUCAGAGACACGGGCAGAGAAACUAAAAGAACAGUCUCCACGUGCUGCCUCCUCUAAACUGGAUAUGUGAAAAUGACAGAAGAUGGAAGAGCUGAUGGUCCAGUUUGGGUCCAGCAUCUCAGGUUGUGUGGCUGCAUUAAAGUUCUGCUGUUCUGUAAUUUUCUUUGUAAAAUACCGUCUUGUUGUAGGACCGUACACUUUAGGCAGUUUGUACUCGAUUACUCCCCUCCAGGAAAUGACGCCCAUCUCAACGGCAGAUUUAAACCGGCUCUUUUGGAGCCUGCGUGUUCUUUCUGGAGUUCUACCAAUAAAUGACAGAUUUAC